AUGGAGCCAAUCACCAUUCCCACCGACCGCGACGGUGUCGCCUACCUUUACGGUCACCCACUGCGCAACUCGCUCUCUCCUCCUCUUCAUCAAACAGUCUACAACGCGCUUGGCCUGAACUGGACUCAGAUCCCUCUGUCUACAGCCACUGGUACAUCGUUCACGAGAUCACCGGAAAUAUCCACCUUCCUCUCCUCCGUCCGCUCCAAUCCCAAAUUUGUCGGGUCGUCAGUUACAAUGCCCUGGAAGGUCGCGAUCAUGCCACACCUCGAUGACUUGACCGAGGACGCGCGGCAAGCCGGCGCUUGCAACACAAUAUACUUGCGCAAGGAAGACGAUGGGAAGACACAGUAUGUUGGCACAAAUACUGAUUGUAUUGGGAUCCGGGAAGCUCUGCUACAGGGGUCACCGAACGGUGCGGAACAUUUCAAAGGAAAGCCUGCGCUUAUCGUUGGUGGUGGGGGCACUGCGCGAACAGCGAUCUACGUUCUGAGAAAGUGGCUGGGCGUUAGCAAGAUCUACAUCGUCAACCGGGAUGCGAAGGAGGUGGAGGCGAUUCUCGCGGAGGAUAAGCAGCGAAACCCGUCGCCGCAGGUUGCGUUGGUCCCCGUCUCAGAUCCGUCUGCGGCGGCGACGCUCGAGGCACCCGUUGCUGUUGUUAGCGGGAUCCCCAAUUACCCGCCGCAGACAGAAGAGGAGAUCAGAGCUCGCGAGACGCUGCGCGUGUUCCUGAAUCGGCAGACGCAUGAGAAGGACCAGGGAGUUAUCCUGGAGAUGUGCUACCACCCUCUUCCCUGGACGGAUAUUGCGCAGAUCGCCCAGGAUGCGCGGUGGAAGGUUAUCCUUGGCUCGGAGGCGCUCAUCUGGCAGGGUCUCGAGCAGGCGAGGCUCUGGACCGGGAAAGAUGUAGUUAGUGAGCCGGGGUUAGUGGAGAAGGUGCAGGCGUUUGUUGCGCAGACGAUUGCUGAGCGGUCGAAGUCAAAUUUGUAG